AACCGCGGGGCUGAGGCAGGGUGCGCGCCUGCGACUGGUGCCUUUUUUUUUUUUUUUUUUUCCCUUUCCCUGCCUAAACUCCUCUAUCAGUCUGUAAACAUUACCUGAGAAUUCCCCAGCCCAAACGGCUGCUAGGGCAAGAAACUUCGUGUCGGAACGUCCCACCUCCGGCUUCCCCGCCACCCCUCGCUCCGUCCCAACCUACGGAGACGCUUUUUCUCCUCCCGAGGAGGAUUUAUCUUUUUGCUUUCUUUUUCUUUUUUUUUUUUUUCUUUUUAAUUUCACCCCUUUUUCUCACCCGGUGCUUUGCUUUUGGGGGAGAGGUCAUUGCAAGAGUGACCCGGUGGGACGCCUCUCCCCGCCGUAUUCGGGUUACUGACUAUUGUUUGGGGUGUUUUCUUUCUCGAUUCCCGUUUUGCUCGGUCCGGGGAGUUCCGUCCCCCGCCCGGCUCCGCGGCGCGUAGGAUGGUGUGGAAAUGGCUGGGCGCCUUGGUGGUGUUCCCGCUAAAGAUGAUCUAUCUGGUGGCGAAAGCAGCCGUCGGACUGGUGCUGCCCGCCAAGCUGCGGGACCUGUCCCGGGAGAGCGUCCUCAUCACCGGCGGAGGGCGAGGCAUCGGGCGCCAGCUGGCCCGAGAGUUCGCGGAGCGCGGCGCCAGAAAGAUUGUUCUCUGGGGCCGGACUGAAAAAUGCCUGAAGGAAACAACGGAGGAGAUUCGGCAGAUGGGCACUGAGUGCCACUACUUCAUCUGCGAUGUGGGCAACCGGGAGGAGGUAUACCAGAUGGCCAAAGCUGUCCGGGAGAAGGUGGGUGACAUCACCAUCCUAGUGAACAAUGCUGCUGUGGUCCACGGAAAGAGCUUGAUGGACAGUGAUGAUGACGCCCUCCUCAAGUCCCAGCACAUCAACACCCUGGGCCAGUUCUGGACCACCAAGGCCUUCUUGCCUCGAAUGCUGGAGCUGCAGAAUGGCCACAUUGUGUGCCUCAACUCUGUGCUGGCACUGUCUGCCAUCCCUGGAGCCAUCGACUACUGCACUUCCAAAGCAUCAGCCUUCGCCUUCAUGGAGAGCCUGACCCUGGGGCUGCUGGACUGUCCAGGUGUCAGUGCCACCACUGUUCUGCCCUUCCACACCAGCACAGAGAUGUUCCAGGGCAUGAGGGUCAGGUUCCCCAACCUCUUUCCCCCACUGAAGCCUGAAACGGUGGCCCGGAGGACAGUGGAGGCCGUGCAGCUCAAUCAGGCCCUCCUCCUGCUCCCGUGGACCAUGCACAUCCUCAUUAUCUUGAAAAGCAUACUCCCACAGGCUGCACUGGAGGAGAUUCACAGAUUCUCAGGAACCUAUACCUGCAUGAACACUUUCAAAGGACGGACAUAGAGGCAGGAGGCAGAGACACGCUCAAGGAGCCACGGAGCCUGAGGAGCCCACAGCGCCCUGGUACACACCCAUGCCUGUCUGUUGGCACAUUCCUGCUCGGUGAGCGGGUCUGCUGCUGAUCCAGGCAAAGACUCUCAGCCCCUCAGGUCAGCCCCAGGACCUUUGCACAGGAAUGAUGGGUACAACUCUGACCUCCAUGGGGAGGCAAGAAACCAGCCAGCAGCCACCUUGACACUUUUGUACAUUUCUAAUUCUGUAGAGUUUAUUAUCACAUUGCUUCUCAAAUCUAACCAGCCUCAGCCGUGUGCAUAGACUAUUUCCAGGAGAGUCUGUCUCCAGACGCUCUGCCUUCCCCUCCAGAGCCCACUCAUCUUCAGCUUGAGCAAACUGGUUGAACGGCAGGAAUGAAAAAUAAAGAGAGAUGGCUUUUGCAA